AUGUAUCACAGCGGCAUUGGCGGUGGUGGCUUUAUGCUCAUCCGCGCGCCAAAUGGUACCUAUGAGUUUAUCGACUUCAGAGAGACGGCCCCUGCUGCGGCAUUCCAGGACAUGUUCAAACACAACACGAAUGGCUCUACAUCCGGCGGACUCGCAAGUGGCGUUCCUGGUGAAGUCCGUGGCUUAGAGUACCUCCAUAAAAACUAUGGAAAGCUACCCUGGAAAACCGUCAUGGAACCCGCCAUUCGCACCGCCCGGGAUGGCUUCCGUGUAACUGAAGACCUCUCUCGCAUUAUGUUACACUCUACAAAGAAUGGGAACUUCCUUGCUGAAAACGCUGCAUGGGCCCUUGACUUUGCACCACAAGGAACCCUUCUUAAGGUUGGUGAUAUCAUCACCCGCAGACGCUACGGCGACACCCUGGACAAGAUUGCCAAGUAUGGCGCCGAUGCCUUCUACACUGGGCCAAUGGCACAAGCCAUGGUCAAUGCACUCCGGGCUGCCAACGGCACCAUGACUCUCGAGGAUCUGAAGAAUUACACCGUGGUCUCGAGACCGACUGCUCAGAUUGAGUACCGCGGCAUGACAGUCACUAGUACCACUGCCUCAUCCAGUGGAGUUGUUCUCCUCAGCAUCUUGAAGCUGCUUAAUGGGUACAAGAACUUCUUCCGUAUGGAUCCAGUGCCACUUAGUACCCAUAGAAUGGACGAGGCUAUCCGGUUUGGAUACGGACAGAGAACCGAACUGGGCGACCCUCUUUUCUUCUCUAACUUGACUGAUUAUCAGAAGAAGAUGAUAUCUGAGGAGGCUGCUAACAAGAACCGCAUGAACAUCUCUGACGAGUAUACUCAAGACAUAGCCGUAUAUGACCCCAAAGGUCUUGAGAGCUUGAAUACUCCUGGAACCUCCCAUAUCUCAACUGCCGACCGCUCUGGUAUGGCCGUCAGUUUGACAACCACCAUCAACCUUUACUUCGGUAGCCGUGUCAUUGUUCCCGAGACUGGCAUCAUCAUGAACAACGAGAUGGAUGACUUCUCUGUCCCUGGGCGCAGCAACUCCUUCGGAUACAAGCCCUCACCAUCGAACUUCAUUCGCCCCGGCAAGCGGCCACUCUCUUCCAUCUGUCCUACCAUCAUCACCCGCCCAGAUGGUUCCCUAUACUUCGUCAGCGGUGCUGCAGGAGGAUCCCAAAUUAUUACCGGCACGCUCCAAAGUGUCAUCAACGUCAUGGACAGGAAAAUGAACGUUCGCCAGGCCCUAAAGGCUCCUCGGCUCCAUGACCAACUCGUCCCCAACGUCGCCCUGAUGGAAGAUGAAUUUGACAAGGAGACCGUGGACUUUAUGAUUUCACGAAAACAUAACGUCACUAGAGAAAAGUCAGGAAGCACCGUGGAGUCUAUCAUGAGGCUGAGGAACGGUGUCUUCGAAGCCUCAGGCGAGCCACGACUGGCUAACUCCGGUGGAGUCGUUGUUUGA